AUGUUCGUGUUGGAUGAUGAUGAGAAUAGUAUAUUCUCUAUCCAAUUCCUUUUUCCUCGUUCAAUUCAGGUAAGUCCAGCCAUGGAACCCGAAAUAAUUCCACCGAAAAAGCCCAUUUUCGACCCUCUGAAGGCCCAUGAAAUCACAGAAGGCAAACAGGCCGAGUUCCGGAAGGUUCCGGUCCCAUCCCACCGCCUCAAACCCCUCAAGGACGCCUGGGAUAUAAUCUACGACAAAGUCUACAAUGUCAUGAAUGUGGACAUCCGCAUGAAUCUGAAAGCCCGUCGUGUAGAGCUGAAAAACAAGCGCGAAACUCCCGAUAUCGGCCACCUUCAGAGAUGCGCGGAUUUCGUCCAUGCCUUUGUUCUCGGUUUUGAUGUACCUGACGCGAAGCUUAUGCUGAGUUACGAUGAGUUGUACAUUGACUCUUUUGAGAUAAGAGAUGUGAAGAGGCUAAGUGGUGAGCACCUGUCGCGUGCGGUGGGCAGGCUUUCGGGAAAAUCGGGUAAGACAAAGUUUGCAAUCGAGAAUGCCACUAAGACUCGGAUUGUGAUUGCUGAUAAGCGGAUUCAUGUGAUGGGACCUUUUGCCCGUAUUAAGAUUGCGAGGAGUUGUCUUUGUAGUCUGAUCAUGGAACUAUUAGAUUUGCAUUGCGGCUGCCGGAGGAAGAAGCUUCGUGUGUCCAAUCAUACAUUGAUAAAGUCUUGUGCUUACCCGUCGGGGAUGCAAGUCGUGUCUCCCCCUCUCUCUCUGUCCCCGGCUUGCAUCCCCGACGGGUAA